CACGUGACGAGAAAUGAAGCGGCGCAUCAAAGUCAAGGAAGUUGCCGUGCACUCAAUAUUCUCGUGCAAGUAAGGCGUCCUCACCGUCUGCAGCGUCAAGAAAACCCCCCUCAAGGUGAGUCCUGCUGUCUAGUUUGUCUGCGACUGCCGUUGGCAUGGAUGUAUGCUUGCAAAAUCGAAAAUUCACACCGUCUCACCUGGCAUGCAACGAUGGAUUUGUUGUGGCUCCUCUGGAUGACUUGAUGUUCUAUUGCUAACCACGAUCGCACAGAUCUAAGACAUGGGUUUCCGCCACAACAAUGUUCUUCAUGCCAACCAUUUCCACAAGGACUGGCAGCGCCGGGUGCGCACUUGGUUCGACCAACCUGGACGUAAACUCCGCAGACGCAACGCCCGCAAGGCCAAGGCCGCCAGGCUCGGCGUUCGUCCACUCACGCUUCUCCGCCCAGCUGUCCGCGGCCAAACCGUCCGUUACAACCGCAAGCUUCGGGAGGGUCGCGGCUUCACGUUGGCAGAACUGAAGGAGGUUGGAAUUAAUCGUAAGGAGGCUCGUGGUAUUGGUAUCGUCGUCGACCACAGGAGGAGAAAUCUGAGCGAGGAGGGCAAACAACUUAAUGUUGAGAGGUUGAAGGCUUACAAGGCCCGUUUGAUUGUCUUCCCUAAGAAAGCAGGGAAGCCGAAAAAAGGCGACUCCACCGGUGACGAUCUGCAAGCUGAGACCACGCGGACGAACCUUCUCAUUGCUGACCCCUACGUGCACGAAGCCCCCCGCAAAAUUACCGAUGAGGAACGGUCUUUCGAGGCGUACAGAACUCUCCGCAUCUCUCGUGCCAAUGCUCGGUACGAAGGCAUACGCAAAGUACGCGCUGCCAAGAAGGAAGAGGAGGAGGCAAACAAGAAAAAAUAAAGCCUUGUCCGCCCCCCCUGAUGAUCUUUUUCUUUUUCUGCUUUCGAGUGUAUACUCUCAAAAUCGACCCUCCAUAUGUUCACCCAUAGGUUAUUGCGUGUACCGCCAUGCCACAUGCAUACUUAUGAACGCAUUUUUUGUCCUGAACAGACUGAGUA